CUGCUCCUCCGGUGUAACAGAAAACAAUACAUUUACACGGGAGAUCUCAAACAGCGCCACCUAUCGGAUUGCCUCAGCGGUCACCGGCUCAAUUCACUCGAAGCGCCAAUCAGCAAUGGCGCCUGCCGUCCCACGGAUGCAUGUUUUUGAGAUCGCCGAUUUUCCCUGGUUCCCCGGCUUCCUUCGCGGCUACGUCCAAGCAGGUCUCACCGCGGCCUGGACAACCCAUGUCCCUUUCCUCCAGCCAUCCUCGCCGGCCCAGGUCGUAGCCCGCCUCCUCGCAACUCACCUCCCCGACCUGCACAGCUACACCUUCAUCGACUUCUGCGCCGGCGGCGGCGGGCCCACGCCCUCCAUCGAGCAGCAUCUCAACCAGUCCCUGCUCCCAGCCGCCGCCGCCGCCCAAGAUCAAAACCACUACCCCCAGCAGCACAAGCAAAAACAACAGGAGCAGCCGCGGCAGAAACCGGUGCAGUUCGUCCUGACCGACCUGCACCCGCACACGGACCUGUGGGCGCAGGCGGCCGCGCGGAGCGCCAACCUCGCGUACGAGCGCGAGCCCGUCGACGCCGCCCGCGUGCCGCGCGCCCUGCUGGCGCGCCACGCCCGCGGCGGCAAGAAGGUGUUUCGCCUGUUCAACCUCGCGUUCCACCACUUUGACGACGGGCUGGCGCGGCGCAUCCUGAAGGAUACGCUUGACGGUGGGGGGGACGGGUUUGGGAUCUUUGAGCUGCAGGACCGGAGCAUAGCCGGGUUCGUGGCCUGCUGUUUGUUUGGCCUGGGCGUCUUCGUCAUGGCCCCUUACUACGCGCUACUGUGGGGGUCGCCGCUGGCGCUGCUGUUCACGUAUGUGGUGCCGAUCCUGCCCUUCGUGUUGGUGUUCGACGGGUGGAUGUCGUGCCUGCGGACGCGGACGCCGGACGAGGUGGUGGCCUUGCUGAGGACUUGCGGCGCGGAGGGAGGGGAGGCCGAGAUCCAGAAGUGGGAGGUGAAGAGCGGGAGGGAGGCGUUCAUGUGGCCCGUCGGGAGCGUACAUUGGAUCAUUUGCGUCAAGAGGUAGGGUGUGAAGGAUCGGAGAGACUGGAAAUGGAGCAGGGCACCGGGCGGGGUCGGCAUGGCUCGCCCCAAGCCUGUGCAUUAAGGAAAUAUAUUGCCAGAUGCAAAACUGCCCAUGCUUCAAUGGUGCUGUAUAUC